AGGAUGCCAACUGCCGGGAAAGCUCAAAGAAGAAGAAGAAGUAGAAGAAGAAAAGUUUCGGGAAGAGCAGGAGGGAGGGGACUCCGGAGUGAAAGUGUAGUAAUCCGACAGCGAGCAUGACAGACGCCGAGGCGCAGAGCGCUCCACCAUCGGCACCUGUGGAGGACAAGCCACAGCCAGAGAGGAAAAUCAUAGCCACCUUGGUUCAAGGCACAGUGAAGUGGUUCAAUGUGCGGAAUGGAUAUGGGUUCAUAAACAGAAAUGAUACCAAAGAAGACGUGUUUGUUCAUCAGACUGCUAUCAAGAAGAACAAUCCUAGGAAAUUCCUCCGUAGCGUUGGAGAUGGCGAGGUCGUAGAGUUUGACGUGAUUGAAGCCGCCAAGGGCUCAGAAGCAGCCAAUGUAACCGGUCCAGGCGGUGUUCCAGUCAAAGGCAGCCGCUAUGCACCCAACAAACGCCGCUUCCGUCGACGGUUCUUCCCCCGCAGCCCGAGGCCUGAUGACGAGGGCAAGCAAGGUGAUGGCCAGUCCUCUGCUGUUGAGGGCGAAGGAUCUGGAGACAACGAAGGAGGGAGGCCUCAGCAGCGCCGCCGUAGACCCCGAAGACCACGGCAGGAGGGGCAAGAUGGUGAGGCUGAAGAGCAAAAGAACGGAGUGGCAGAGGGCGGUCAAUCGCAGCGACCUCCACAGCGCAGAUUCUGGCGCCCGUACCGCAGACAGUUCCGCCCUCGCCCACCCGCUGAUCAGGCUGCAGCCAACCAGCCGGCCGCUCCAGAAGAGGGCCAGGAGCAAGGCGAGGUGAAGCAGACGGAGGCCUCUGAGGGCCCCCAGACCAAUGGAGAUGCACCUGAGGGCCAGAAACAACGGCGCCCAUCUAGACGACGCAGGCAAAGGAACUCGGAGUCCUCUACCUCGAAAAAUGAUACAGAGAAGUCUGCAUCAGAGCCCGGUACCCCCCCUCAGACCUCAAAACUAGCUGACCUUAAUAAAUCUACACCUAAAUCGCCAAAGGCACCCUCCAAAACUUCUCCUAAAACGCCCAAAUCACCUGAGCAGGCAGCUGCCACAACAGACCCAGCACCAACAGAGUGACGCUAGUGAGAGGACAGUCUCAUGACCCUUGGUCCUAGGGUUGGAGGACUGGAUCUAUUUCAGAACACAUGCACUGCUCUCCCCUCCCUGCACUCCCCCCAUCCUCCAACCCACCCCGUCUCGCUGUCAUCCCUCAACGCCCCCCCUCCCCUCCCCUCUCAUCUUGUCUUGUGUUGUCCUGUCUAGACACUGACGUUUUGGAGAGGGAUGAGGUAGGGAGGAAGAGGAUGCAGGUGGUUGGUGGGUGCAUUUAGAAAUUACAGAAGUACAUCUUUAUGAAGAAAAAUAGGAAUGAAUGGACAAUCUGCUUGGUAGCCCAGUUAUUCCAACCCCCCUUUAAAAACUAUUUUUCUUUAAUUGCCUAGAUGGGAAACAUCAAGUAGUUAAUAGAGGAACCAGCCUUGAUUUUUAUUUGAAUUUCUUUUUUAAUUUGGUUGAAGAGGGGAAAACCAAGCAGGUGUGUGAGGUUGGUGGUGCAUUAUGGGAGUCAGUUUAGUUCUGUUACCACCUCAAUCAAUUCUUAAAACAUACUACUCCCUUCAUCUCCUCAGUUGAGGAUGGAUUGAUGAAAAAACUUUUUUUUUGUUUUACUUAUUUGUGUGUGCUUUUCUUUGGAGGGGAUUAUGUGCAAUGUCCGUAGUUGAAAUGCUAAUUAAUAAAUCCAUAUAUGCAAA